GAAUUUGAUGGUUACGUGCGCGGCAUGCUAAGCAAAGCUUUAGAUGUACUCAGUUAAGCCAUUGCGGAAGCACUGCAAUCAAAGGCAUUCUGUUUUGGAAGCCAAGAAGUAGUAGUUUGUCAUCUCUGUGCAGAAUUUCUUACAAGUUACAGACAGCCCCGCCCCUUCCAGAAAAAGGGCCUCUUCGAUUUUUCUCUUGGCCCUUUAUGCUCCUCCUCUCUGUUACAAGUUCGAAUAUAAUUGAAAGAAAGGGGAAGAAAAAUGGCAUCCCUCGUACCUGGAGUUCUACUGAAGCUUCUCCAAAGUAUGAACUCCAACGUAAAAGUUCGUGGGGAAUAUCGCUCAGUCCUUCUGCAGGUGAUCAGCAUUGUGCCCGCAUUAUCUGGGUCUGAAUUAUGGCCUAACCAAGGUUUCUUCAUAAAAGUUUCCGACUCUUCUCAUUCAACCUAUGUCUCACUCUCAAAGGAAGACAAUGAACUUAUCUUGAAUAAUAAGCUGCAGCUUGGGCAAUUCUUUUAUGUGGAUAGAAUCGAGGCUGGUACACCUGUCCCAAUUCUUGUUGGGGUUAGACCAGUUCCUGGACGCCACCCUUUUGAAGGCAAUCCUAAGGAUUUAAUGCAGAUGUUAGAGCAAUCAGAGCAUCUCGAUAAUGAUGCAGUUAAUGGUUCAAAAUCCAUGGUUUUUUUAACAGAAGCCAAAGAGAAUCCAAGUUCAAGGCAGAAGAUUGUUAUCAAAGAGGAAAAAAUUGGUGUUGCAUCAAGGUACAUGCAGGGUGUUCUAAAUCCAAACACAAGAGUGAACGGGUCAGAUACUAAUGUAGGAAGCAAAGGAAUUGAUUUAGAAAAUGGUUUAGAUAGUAAAAAAUUGGGAUCUACAAAAGGAAAGCAAUUAGAGAUUAAAGGUCAGGUACUCCCAAUGACUCCUACUCGUACUCGACUUGAAGCACUUUCACCAAAACAAGACGUUGCUCAAUCUAACAUCCAGGAGAUUGUCGUAGCACCUUCCAAGCGCACUUCUACCAAACAUAGUUCUACUAAACAGGAAAAUUUGAACUUGAAUUUUGUGUCUAGUGGUAAAGAUAAAAUUCAGAAAAGCAAUAGCACUGAGGCAAUUCCAUGGUCCUCUUUGCCGGCCAAGCUUUUGAGGCCUGGAAAGGGUAUUCUUAGAAGGAAACAUCUAGCAUCUCAAGUUGUAGUAGAAGCUCAAAAGGAAGCAUCUGCAGCAACAACGUUAGUUAAAUGCCUAAGUAUGUUCGCCAAUAUCUGCUCUUCUGCAUCAUCAGAGAAUCCUCAUGCGACACUGAACAAGUUUUUUGCUCUCCAACAGCUCAUGGACCAGCCAAACGGUACAACUCAGUUGAAGGAUAACUCACUUCAAGUAUAUAAGAUUCCAUCUCCUGCAGAAAAACAUAAAUUGGGCAAAACGGCAGGUUUGAAUCCUGCUAAAAGCACGUCAAAGAAUGUAAAACCUUUAGCCGAACUAUCAGGGAAUGAGAAACAAGAAUGGGCCAAAGGGGAUGGUAUGAAAGAGAUCGAUGAUCUGAGGGAUGUCUUUUUAAAUGAAACAAGAUCAUGGUUUCUGAUGUACUUGGAAAAGACACUUGAUGCUGGGUUUUCCGUGGGGUCCCAAGAGAAGGGCAAGGAAAGUAAGGAUAUUGCAGGGAGACAAAUGGAGCAAGCCAACCAUAUAGCUCUCACGCUGUCACACCUUAAGCAUGCAAACGAGUGGCUGGACAAACUGAGAAGCAGUUCCAACGCGGAAAGCGAAGGGCUGGUGGAGAUUGUUGACAGGUUGAAGCAAAAAGUAUAUUCUUGUUUACUUGUCCACGUUGAUUCUGCCGCAUUAGCUUUGGAGAACCGAGCUUGAUUCUAGGUCAAUAAACGGUUUCACAACAACAUAACUCUAAUGCUAUUUAUUUGUUAAAUUAUUAAAUGUGGUUGAGCCAAACGUUUGCAAUGGAGAGCUUGGACUGCUCUGUUUGUAGUGCAAUGUGAUAUACAAUGCUAUUUGUACUCAAAAAAUAAAUAAAAAAGGGACUGACCUGAAGUUAAAUU